AUGUCUUGUCCACUAAAGGAUAAUACAAUAGCACAAUUACUAGAAGAGGAAGACGAUGAAGAAGAAAUUGUAUCGGAAAAAGAAGAUUUCAAAGAACAGAGUGAGCAUGAAAGUGAAACGGAGCAGGAAGCCAGUGAUUCAAACACACGCUCAGAUUUAGAAGAAAUUUGCCACCGUUGUCGGCCAUUAGAAUUAGAUCAACAGACUGAAAAUGAAUAG